UUUAUCUAUGAUUUGGUUUUGUAAAAUCUAGUUUACAUAUUUUGAUUUUUUCUAGUUUGGACUGUUUAAUAUCUGUUAGCUGUUCUAUAAUUAUUAGACACUUUCCAUUUUAUUGAUGAUAGAAACCACUACUGGCAACUUAUAUAAAAUGUGUGAACCACUUACAUUAGCCAAAGACAUACAAAAAUCGAUCGAACUGAUCGAAAAACUACAAGCAUGUGGGGAUUUUCCAACUACAAAACUAGCCACGCUCCAAAAAGUAUUACAAAGUGACUUCUUAAGCGCUGUAAGGGAGGUAUAUGAGCAUGUAUUUGAAACUGUUGACAUGCGAGGAUCUCAAGAUAUCCGUGCAUCGGCAACCGCAAAAGCCACUGUUGCUGCGUUUGCGGCAAGCGAAGGACAUGCUCAUCCUCGUGUAGUUGAACUUCCCAAAACUGAAGAAGGUCUUGGAUUUAACGUAAUGGGUGGAAAAGAACAAAACUCACCAAUUUAUAUAUCGCGUAUAAUACCAGGAGGAGUGGCUGAUAGACACGGAGGUCUCAAAAGAGGAGAUCAGUUGCUGUCUGUUAAUGGAGUGUCUGUGGAAGGUGAAAAUCAUGAAAAAGCUGUAGAGCUUUUGAAGCAGGCUGCAAACUCUGUUAAGCUCGUCGUUCGCUAUACUCCAAAAGUAUUAGAAGAAAUGGAAAUGCGUUUUGAUAAACAUCGAACAAUAAAGCGCCGCCAAUUUCAAAACUAAAGUAUUUUUCACUGAUGUCACUUAUUUAUCUUAGUAUUUCAAACAUAUAUGGAUGUAUGUAUAUUAAUAUUUCGAAUCAUUAUCACAGCCAGAAAUAUAUCUGCUAAAGUUGAA